CGUGGAGGCUCAGGUGCACCUGCUGAUCGGCUCCCUCCUCGUCACCUGUUAGACUUGUCUGACGACUUGUGGAGGCGCCGGAAACUCCCCGGGGAUCCAGGGAAGCCCAAGAGUAAGAAUCUGCACCCAAAGAGUUCGAGAACCCUCCCCGCCCCGCUCCCGGGUGCCCAAUGGACUAAGAAGCACCGGAAGAAAUAGUCAUUCAGGAAACCUAAAGAUGGCUGAAUUUCUAGAUGACCAGGACACUCGACUGUGUGACAACUGCAAAAAAGAAAUUCCUGUGUUUAAUUUUACCAUCCAUGAGAUCCACUGUCAACGGAACAUUGGCGUAUGCCCUGUCUGCAAGGAACCAUAUCCCAAAUCCGACAUGGAGACCCAUGUGGCUACAGAACACUGCCAGGUGACUUGCAAAUGUAACAAGAAGUUGGAGAAAAGGCAGUUAAAGACUCACGAGGAGACCGAGUGCCCUCUGCGGCCUGCCCUCUGCCAGCAUUGUGAUUUGGAACUUAGCGUCCUCAGACUGAAGGAACAUGAAGAUUACUGUGGGGCCCGGACAGAGCGGUGUGGCAAUUGCGGACGCAAUGUCUUGGUGAAGGAUCUGAAGACACACCCUGGAGUGUGUGGGCAAGAAGGGAAGGAGAAGGAAGAUCCUGUUGCCCUGCCUCCUAAUGCUGCUGCUGAUCCAUGGGGUCAACAUGGGAUGUGGAUCGCAUCCCAUCUCCUCAGGCAGAUGGAGGCUCUGGACCCGCCCAUGAGGCUACCCCGCAGGCCCCUGCAAUGCUUUGAUGCCGAGCUUUUACAUAGUAGGACUACCAACCAAAGGAACAUGGCAACGCAGUUUCCAAUUCAGAAUAAUUUGUUGGAAGAACAAGAAAGGCAGGAGAGGAAUAGAGGCCGCCAGAACUCCAAAGGUGGUGGUGAAGAUAGUGCAAACUUGGACUUCAUGUUGGCCCUGAGUCUUCAGAAUGAGGGCCAGGCUCCCCACGGGGCUGAACAGAACUUAUGGAGGGCCAUCUAUGAGGCAGACCAGCCCCAUGGUGGGGCCAGUGUUCUGAGUGACAUCAAGGGUGCUGCUGGCGAGACGCUGUUGCCUUGUGAGUUCUGUGAGGAACUCUACCCAGAGGAGCUGCUGAUCGACCAUCAGACGAGCUGUAACCCUUCAUGUGCCUUACCUCCGUUCAGUACGGGCCGCUCUUCCCCCAAAGUGAUGGAGCGUCCUGAUAACGUCUUCCAGAAGUUUCUGCAGCAGGCUAAUGAGCUAGAGUCUCUGAUGGGCCUGACCAGCUCACCCCCUGUGGAGGAGAGCAUCAUCAUCCCCUGUGAAUUCUGCGGGGUGCAGUUGGAAGAGGAGGUGCUAUUCCAUCACCAAGACCAGUGUGACCAACGUCCAGCUACGGCCAACAACCAAGUGACCGAGGGGUUUCCUCGACAGGAUUCUCAGCCUCCAGAGACCUCACCGGAGCUGCCCAGGAGGCGGGUCAGGCACCAGGGGGACCUGCCUACCAGCUACAUGGAGCUCAUCAAGCAGGAAGAGGCUAAAGGGCCCACCUACCCUCUGCCUCCCAACAGACCCAUGAACAGUAUGACAACUCCCUGUAACCGAAUGUCCAGGGUGGUAUCUGGCCCCAGGCCUGGGGGCCAGCCCAGCCCUCCUCGUGUGCUGAAACUCAACAACUCAGACAGCCAGGACAUCCCGGGGCAGAAUUGCAACAGCCAUAAUGGGGCCCUGGGCCCUGGGCACAUUUCAGCAGUUCACCCUGUUCGAAAUCUCUACCCAGAAGCACUUGUGUCCUUCCCCCGAGGGCCUGGGGGAAGAUAUGGAGCCAGUGGUAGGAGUGAAGGUGGCAGGAACUCCCGAGUCAACCCCCCAGCCGCCAGCUACCGCAACAGAACCACCAAGGCACAAAGCUCCAAACAGCAGGGAGCUGGGGAUACGGAGGAGGAAGAGGAGGAGGAGUAACUGUUUUCCCAAGCACCUCCCAUAGCUCCUGCCUUCCAUGCUCAGCAGCACUUGCUGCGUGCAGGCCCUGCCUCUCCUGCCAGAGGAGUCUUUCGGAGUUUAACUUUUUCUAGGUUGUGGCCAUUUUGUGUCUUUUGAGAUUGUGCUGUGGGAGUUUGGGGGUUUGAGGGAGGGUGUGUGGAAAUGGUUUCUGCUGUAGCUGUCACUGGCAGCAUUUACAUCGUUAGCCCACCAGGGCUCCACAUCUUGGCGUUCUGUCACCACUGCUUCCUGGUGCUUUGUGGGCCUGGUGGGAGGUGGCAAGGGCUUGGAAGCCCGGUACCCACCAGUGAAUGGAUUCUCUUUGCAGGAGGGGUUUGGGGAGACUUUUUUUGACUAUACUGUGCCUCCCAGUGGUAAAAAUUGGGCCGCCUGGCCGUGGAAAGGAGCUAAAGGUUCCCAUAUGUAAGUGAGAAACCAGGCUUUUGGAGAAGAGUUGAACUGGAGGCUGGCAGACCAGGGCUGUUUUGAGCUGCUGCUUUGGCAUUUGGCAUCACUGCCUUGGGUUUCUGGUGGAGAGCAUAGCUUUUUCGUCUCCACUGGGCAGCCUCUCUUUGUUGGGGAGGCUGGGGGCGCUCUGCUCCUGCCAGGUCCAUGCUGGAUUCUGUCAUGGGCAGAACUGAGGCCUUAGCUCCCUGGCUGGCCCUGAAAAUCAAGUGUCAGCAUCCCUCCCCUCUUUUUAUUUUACUAUUACAGGUAAUUCACUUCCUUGUAAUAGAAAUAAAGUUUGUAUUUGAAGUUCA